AUGACUGAGAUUGGUUCUAUCAAGAUUGAACGUACAUAUGAAGUGCUAGGUAAUAUAUUUACUAGGAAAACAGACCAGAAUGUGAUCAGAGCCCUGGAAGGUACUGGCUUUGAGCACUAUGCUAGGAUGAAUGAUCUGCUUAGCAAGAGCAGUGAGAGCAGAAAGCGUAUUACACAUUCUUUGCCUCUCUUAUCACUUCUGGUAGAAAAAUACAACCCAGGAAACAAAGAUUUUGUUCUCAAUGAUGUUACAUUAGCUCCAACUGUAGAUGAUGUACAUCAUAUAACAGGGCUGCCUAUUAAUGGCCGUAAAAUAUCUGAGGUCAUGAAAAAAACGUACCAGAACUUUGGGCUUAAGAAACUUUGUGAAGAGCUUUUAGGGAAAGUUCCCAAUAAUUUUGGGAAAAAAGAUAUUCUUCAGUUCACUUGGCUCAAAGAAAAUUUCAUGAUUGUACCUCAUGAUGUGGAGCGUGAUUCUCCCAUAUUUGAGCAAUACAUACGUACCUAUGUUCUGUACGUGAUUGGCUUAACUCUGUUUCCUACAUCUUCUCCUUCAUCAGUGCAUACUAGUUUUUUGGAAUGUCUAAGAGUUAUUGGUGAAAUUAAGGACCUUAAUUGGAGCAGUGGGGUGUUAGAUUUUAUCCAUACGUCCCUUGAAAAGUGUAAGAAUAAGGGUAAAACUAUUGAGGGCAGUACAUACACUCUGUUGUUAAGUACUGAUAUUACUAUCGAGUUGCUAAUUUUACAUCAGCUGCUUUUGCGUUAA